AACGCUGAUACUCUGAUGGAUCUGAGGCCCUGCUCGCUGCUCCUGCUCUGCACGCUGGUGGUUGCCCUCGCUCUCCUGGCCCAGGAGGUGCUGGCCCAGCGUAUUUACACCAACACCUGGGCCGUGCUUGUCCCUGCUGGGCCCCAGGAGGCUGACAGGCUGGCCAGGAAGCAUGGAUUCCUCAACCUGGGCCCGAUCUUUGGUGACUAUUACCACUUCCGGCACCGCGGCGUGGUGAAGCGCUCCCUCUCACCACACCAGCCCUGGCACAGCCGCUUGGCCAGGGAACCACAGGUGCGGUGGCUGGAGCAGCAGGUGGCAAAGCGCAGGACCAAGAGAGAUGUUUUCAUAGAGCCCACAGACCCCAAGUUCCCGCAGCAGUGGUACCUGUACAACACGAACCAGAGGGACCUGAACGUGCGCCAGGCCUGGGAGCAGGGCUACACAGGCAAGGGCAUCGUGGUGUCCAUCCUGGAUGAUGGCAUUGAGAAGAAUCACCCUGACCUGGAGGGUAACUAUGAUCCAGGGGCGAGCUUUGACGUCAAUGACCAGGACCCAGACCCACAGCCCCGCUACACACAGAUGAAUGACAACAGACAUGGCACGCGCUGCGCCGGGGAAGUGGCUGCUGUGGCAAACAACGGCAUCUGCGGUGUCGGCGUCGCCUAUAAUGCCAGGAUUGGAGGUGUGCGCAUGCUGGAUGGGGAGGUGACUGAUGCUGUGGAGGCCCAUUCCCUGGGCCUCAACCCCAACCACAUCCACAUCUACAGUGCCAGCUGGGGCCCCGAGGAUGAUGGCAAGACCGUGGAUGGCCCGGCCCGGCUGGCAGAGGAGGCUUUCUUCCGAGGGGUCAGCCAGGGCCGAGGGGGGCUGGGCUCCAUCUUUGUCUGGGCAUCCGGGAACGGUGGCCGUGAGCACGACAGCUGCAACUGUGACGGUUACACCAACAGCAUCUACACCCUGUCCAUCAGCAGCACCACGCAGUACGGCAACGUGCCCUGGUACAGCGAGGCCUGCUCCUCCACCCUCGCCACCACCUACAGCAGCGGCAACCAGAACGAGAAGCAGAUCGUGACGACUGACCUCAGACAGAAAUGCACUGAGUCGCACACAGGGACAUCAGCCUCUGCGCCCCUGGCUGCUGGCAUCAUCGCCCUUGCCCUGGAAGCCAACAAGAACCUGACCUGGCGGGACAUGCAGCACUUGGUGGUGCAGACAUCGAAGCCAGCUCACCUCAAUGCCAAUGACUGGGUUACCAAUGGUGUUGGCCGCAAAGUCAGCCAUUCCUACGGCUAUGGCCUGCUGGAUGCUGGGGCCAUGGUGAGCCUGGCCAAGAACUGGACCACAGUGGGACCUCAGAGGAAGUGCGUCAUCGACGUCCUGACAGAGCCAAAGGACAUUGGGAAGCGCCUGGAGGUGCGGCGGAAGGUGGAUGCCUGCCUGGGGAAGGCCAACUACAUCAGCCGGCUGGAGCACGCACAAGCGCGCCUGACACUGUCCUACAACCGGCGUGGGGACCUGGCCAUCCACCUGGUCAGCCCCAUGGGCACCCGCUCCACCCUUCUGGCUGCCAGACCUCAUGACUUCUCAGCUGAUGGCUUCAAUGACUGGGCCUUCAUGACGACGCACUCGUGGGAUGAGGACCCCUCUGGAGAGUGGGUGCUGGAGAUUGAGAACACCAGUGAUGCCAACAACUAUGGCACUCUGACCAAGUUCACCCUUGUGCUGUAUGGGACGGCCACUGAUUCCCCCAGCCUCUCCAACCAGCUGGAGAGCAGCGGCUGCAAGACCCUGACCCCCAGCCAGACUUGCGUGGUCUGUGAGGAGGGCUACUACCUGCACCAGAAGAGCUGUCUGAAGCGCUGCCCACCCGGCUUUGCGCCUGGCAUCCAGAGCACGCACUACGAGCUGGAGAACAGUGUGGAGCCCAUCACGCCCCACCUCUGCCUGCCCUGCCACCCAUCCUGUGCCACCUGUGCCGGGCCAGGCCCCAACCAGUGCCUGACCUGCCCCGCGCACUCCCACUUCAGCAGCCUGGACCUCUCCUGCUCCCACCAGACACAGAGCAGCCGUGCGUCCCCUGCCCUGGCAGAUGGCGAGGGAUUGUCAGAGGCCUCUGCUCCGGCCAACCUGCCUGUCCUCAUCGCCAGUCUCAGCUGCGUCCUUAUCGUUGUCAUCUUUGUCACCAUCUUCCUGGUGCUGCAGGCACGCUCUGGCUUCAGCCUGCGGGGCGUGAAGGUCUACGCCCUGGACAGCGGAAUCAUCUCCUACAAGGGGCUGCCCUCUGACAUCUGGCAGGAAGAGGGCCCCUCGGAAUCGGACGGUGAGGAGUACGAGGUCCACAAUGAGAGGACUGCCUUCAUCAGAGACCAAAGUGCCCUUUGAUGAGCCCUCCUGCC